AUCAUCAAUGUGACCUGGUCCGAUUCCACCUCCCAGACCAUCUACCGGAGGUACAGCAAGUUCUUUGACCUGCAGAUGCAGCUUCUGGAUAAGUUUCCCAUCGAAGGGGGUCAGAAGGACCCCAAGCAGAGGAUCAUCCCCUUCCUCCCAGGCAAGAUCCUCUUCCGGAGAAGCCACAUCCGGGACGUGGCCGUGAAGCGGCUGAAGCCCAUCGAUGAAUACUGCCGGGCACUGGUCCGACUGCCUCCACACAUUUCACAGUGUGAUGAAGUUUUUCAGUUCUUUGAGACCCGACCAGAGGAUGUCAACCCGCCAAAAGAGGACUAUGGCGGUUCCAAGAGGAAAUCAGUGUGGCUGUCCAGCUGGACUGAGUCUCCCAAGAAGGACGUGACAGGUGCCGACAGCAACGCCGAGCCCAUGAUCCUGGAGCAGUACGUGGUGGUGUCCAACUAUAAGAAGCAGGAGAACUCGGAGCUGAGCCUCCAGGCCGGGGAGGUGGUGGAUAUCAUCGAGAAGAAUGAGAGCGGCUGGUGGUUUGUAAGCACCUCUGAGGAGCAGGGCUGGGUCCCUGCCACCUACCUGGAGGCUCAGAGUGGUACUCGGGACGACUCAGACAUCAACACCUCUAAGACAGGGGAAGUGUCCAAGAGACGCAAGGCCCAUCUGCGGCGCCUGGAUCGCCGGUGGACGCUGGGCGGGAUGGUCAACAGGCAGCACAGCCGAGAGGAGAAGUAUGUCACCCUGCAGCCCUACACCAGCCAGAGCAAGGACGAGAUUGACUUCGAGCAGGGCGUCACCGUGGAGGUGAUCCGGAAGAACCUGGAAGGCUGGUGGUACAUCAGAUACCUGGGCAGGGAAGGCUGGGCACCUGCAUCCUACCUGAAGAAAGCCAAGGAUGACCUGCCGGCCCGGAAGAAGACUCCGGCUGGCCCGGUGGAGAUCAUUGGGAGCAUCAUGGAGAUCAGCAACCUGCUGAACAAGAAGGCUUCUGGGGACAAGGACACUCCGCCAGCGGAGGGCGAGGGCCCCGAGGCGCACGUCACCAAGAAGGAGAUCAGUCUGCCCGUCCUCUGUAACGCCUCCAAUGGCAGCGCCCUGGGCGUCCCCGAGAGGACUGUCUCCAAGCUGGCCCAGGGCUCUCCAGCCGUGGCCAGGAUCGCCCCACAGAGGGCCCAGAUCAGCUCCCCAAACCUAAGGACAAGGCCCCCCCCACGCCGAGAGUCCAGCCUGGGGUUCCAGCUGCCGAAGCCACCGGAGCCCCCUUCUGUUGAAGUGGAGUACUACACCAUCGCGGAAUUCCAGUCCUGCAUUUCUGAUGGGAUCAGUUUUCGGGGCGGACAGAAGGCAGAGGUCAUCGAUAAGAACUCGGGAGGCUGGUGGUACGUGCAGAUCGGGGAGAAGGAAGGCUGGGCCCCCGCAUCCUACAUUGAUAAGCGCAAGAAGCCUAAUCUGAACCGCCGCACCAGCACGCUGACCCGGCCCAAGGUGCCCCCACCGGCACCACCCAGCAAGCCCAAGGACGCCGAGGAGGGGCCAGCGGCAGGGGCCAGCGAAGGCCAGGACUCCCCACUGACGCUCAAGUAUGAGGAGCCCGAAUAUGACAUCCCGGCCUUCGGCUUCGACUCCGAGCCCGAGCCGAGCGAGGAGCCUGGGGAGGACGGGGGCCCCGGGGAGCGGCGGCCAGCUCAGCCCCGCCGGCCCUCGCCGGCCUCCUCGCUACAGCGGGCCCGCUUCAAGGUGGGUGAGUCAUCGGAGGACGUGGCCCUGGAGGAGGAGACCAUCUACGAGAACGAGGGCUUCCGGCCGUUUGCAGAGGACACCCUGUCCGCCAGAGGUUCCUCUGGGGACAGCGACUCCCCAGGGGGCUCCUUGCUGUCCCUGGCCAGGAAAAACUCCCCCAAGUCCUCCUCGUUGCUCAAGCUCAAGGCCGAGAAGAAUGCCCAGGCCGAGCUGGGGAAGAACCGCUCCUCUGCCUCCUCCUCCUCUUCCUCCUCCAUCACCAUCAACACCACUUGCUCCUCCUCCUCCUCGUCGUCCUCCUUGUCCAAGAACAGCGGCGACCUGAAGCCCCGGUCUGCCUCCGACGCCGGCAUCCGAGGCACCCCCAAGCUCGGGGCCCGCAAGGACACAGACGUGAAGGCCGGCCUGGCCUCCUGUCCCCGGGCCAAGCCGUCGGUCCGGCCCAAGCCCUUCCUGCACCGCGCGGAGUCCCAGCAGCAGGAGAAGAUGGACAUUAGCACCCUGCGGCGCCAGCUGAGGCCCACAGGCCAGCUCCGCGGCGGCCUCCGGGGCUCCAAGAGCGAGGACUCCGAGUCGCCCCCGACCUCGGCCGCGGAGGCAGCCGCGGAGGGGCCGAGGCGGGGUUCGGCCGAUCUCAUCCCCCUCCCUGCCGCUGCCACCCCCUCGGGUCCAACCAAGAAGGAGCGGGAAGGGCCGGCCAGUGCCUACGUGACGUGCAGCGCCUACCAGAAGGUGCAAGAGUCGGAGAUCAGCUUCCCGGCGGGCGUGGAGGUGCAGGUGCUGGAGAAGCUGGAGAGCGGGUGGUGGUACGUGAGGCUCGGGGAGCUGGAGGGCUGGGCCCCCUCCCACUAUCUGGUGCUGGGUGAGAACGAGCAGCCCGAGCCCUCGGGCCCCGGGUCGGCCCCCGCCACGGUCCAGAACCCGCAGCACGAGGGCAAGUCAGACAGCCUGGAGAAGAUGGAGAAGCGGGUGCAGGCCCUGAACACCGUCAACCAGAGCAAGAAGGCCACGCCGCCCAUCCCCUCCAAGCCGCCAGGGGGCUUCAGCAAGGCCCCCGGGGCGGGGGGCGGGGCCGGGCCCGUGAAGAUGCGCAAUGGCGUGCGGCAGGUGGCCGUGAGGCCCCAGUCGGUGUUCGUGUCCCCGCCACCCAAGGAGAACAACCUGUCCUGCGCCCUGCGCAGGAACGAGUCCCUCACGGCCACCGACAGCCUCCGGGGUGUCCGCAGGAACUCCUCCUUCAGCACGGCCAGCUCGGCCGCCACGGAGGCCAAAGGCCGCCUGACCGAGCGGGCCGCCAGCCAGGACUCGAGCACGCCCCUGCUGCCGGCCCAGCGCAAUGGCAUCCCCGUGUCCCCCGUGCGCCCCAAGCCCAUCGAGAAGUCCCAGUUCAUCCACAACAACCUCAAGGACGUGUACGUCUCCAUCGCAGACUACGAGGGCGAUGAGGAGACCGCGGGCUUCCAGGAGGGGGUGUCCAUGGAGGUGCUGGAGAGGAACCCCAACGGCUGGUGGUACUGCCACGUCCUGGAUGGGGUGAAGCCCUUCAAAGGCUGGGUGCCCUCCAACUACCUGGAGAAAAAGAACUGACUCAGGCACCAGACGCGGGGUGCGGGAGGGAGAGCCUGCCAGACCCCGCGGGGGUGCCGUGGCAGAGACCCCACGGGCUGAGCCCUGGAGAGGACUCUGAGGCCCACGUGUGGUGACUUCGCUGGUCGGUGGGUUGCACACCUUUUGCGACCCGCCACGUGGACUGAGCCGUCUGUGCCUUGGCUAUAGAUCUGGACCGAUCCGAGGGGCACAGACGCUCCUGCUCCCACCCCCAUGCCCUGCCCUGCCCUGCCCAGCCUCGGGCGCUGGUCCCUGGACUGCUGGAGGUGAUUCUGGUGUUGUCCUAACCUGUGUCUCCUGAGCUGGGCUGGUCUCCCGGCAGCCUCCGCCUCCCACCAUGGUGGGGUGCCUCAGGCCCCCACUGGCUCAGCGGGGCUCUCUUGGAUCUUCCAACUGCCCCCAGCUAAUAGCUGGUGCCACCAAGGACCACCUUUCUCAGUGGUCUCUGCCCCAGCCCUCUUCAGGGCACCCCCCGGGGGGCCCCAGCAGCCAAAGAGUUUACAGAGCA